AUGAAGGUCUACUACGAGGUUAUCACAACUCCGACCGCCGACACGCCCGGCACGGCCCUCUCCUUGCAUUAUCCUGAUAAGAGAUAUAUCUUUGGACAAUUGUCGGAGGGUACACAGCGCGCAUGUACCGAGCGCGGAGUUAGAAUUGCCUCAUUGAGUGAUGUCUUCAUCACGGGACGGACAGAGUGGGCCAACACAGGCGGCUUGAUCGGGAUAAUCCUAACCCUUGCAGAUGCCAUUGCGUCUGGCAAUGCAGCUGCUGAGGAUGAAAACCGCAAGAAGGCCAUUCGCCGGGCCGCCAACCAGGCUCUCCCGAAAAACAAAGCCGGUGCCAUCCCGGCGGCCCCUGUGGCGGAAGAUAUUGCAAUCGAGAAAAGCCAUUUGACUAUCCAUGGUACAACGAAUUUGACACACACUUUGGCCACUGCGCGACGAUUUGUGUUCAGGAAAGGAACGCCAUUGUAUACGAAGGAAUAUGAUACCGAAUCUGUCGCAAAGCAGGCACGCAAUGAGGCGGAGGAUCCUUUUGAGACACCUACAUGGUCCGAUGCGAACAUCAAAGUCUGGGCGUUGCCAAUUAAACCCUUUUCGCCCACUAAUUUCGACAUGCCCACCCCGGCACGACCAAAGAGUCCGCGGAAGCGGAGCUUAGAUGAAUUCCAGGAGUCUGACGAGCCUAAAAGCGGAGUUGACCAGCGUACUGCUGAUACCAUGGUGCGACAGUCUGUUGUGACGGAUAUGUUCAAUUCGACCUGGAAGAUGGACGCACUGAUUGAGACUCCGCUAGCCGAAGUCAAAAUGCCUGCCGCGAUGUUUGUACGCAAUCCCGAGACAAAGGAUAUGGAGCCCUACAAUGGCCCGAAGCCUGGUGAGGACUUGCCGUUACCUGAUAUCAAAGUGUUCGUCCGGCAACCCUGGCCAGGAGCUAAGGUGGACAGCUUACCGCCCACGUCUCCUUCAAAUGAUGCGCUUUGCUAUAUUGUUCGUAACCAUGACAUUCGUGGUAAGUUCGAGAUAGCCAAGGCGAGGGAAUUGCGAGUCCCAAAGGGACCUGCCUAUGCCGCCUUGACAAGAGGGGAAAGCGUCCAGUCAGAAGACGGCAAGACAAUCACCGCAGACAUGGUUUUGGGCCCCAGCCGUCUGGGUAAGGGUCUUGCUAUUAUGGAUUUGCCAUCUGUUGAAUAUGUGGAGUCUUUGGUAAAUCGGCCGGAGUGGAAAUCCCCGGCAGUUACUACUGAACUUCAAUCUUUCGUCUGGAUACUCGGUCCAGGGGUGGGAGAUCAUCCCAAGCUCCGAGAGUUUGUGGCGACCUUCCCUCACUGCGAGCACACCGUGUCAAGCACGGACUACUGUCCAAACUAUUUGGCUCUCAGAAGUACAGGCGAAGCUUCCGUUCGACUUGCUCGGCUGAAGGGCGAUAGCUACUCCAUUCCCGUCCACGAUAAUGUGACUCUCCCACAGAACCGGGCUUUGCUUCCCAGAUCUGCCCCUGCGCCUUAUGCGCUCCAGAAUUCCCCAUUCCAGCGCCUUGAUCCUGGCCUUGUCAUUGACAUGGAGCCAGAAUUCAAACUCAACAAGGACGAGGUUGUCCCUCACCUUAACACAGCCAAGACGAUUUUCCAAAUCCCCAAGGCUGUUGAGCAACGAAUGAGUGUCAUUCGCAGCCGUGUUGCGAAACCAAAAUUCCAGCAACAUCUCGAACAUAUUCGAAAGGAUCUCCCUGGUGGGGAUGCCGAGAUUGUUGCGCUUGGUACGGGUUCAUCGUCGCCAUCAAAGUACCGUAAUGUUUCUGCGACUCUUGUAUAUGCUCCUGGGUCUGGUUACUACCUUCUUGACUGCGGUGAGAAUACCCUAGGUCAACUGGAACGAGUCUUUGAACCGGAGAAGCUACGAGAGGUUUUCCAAAAUCUUCGCAUGAUCUGGAUCAGUCACUUGCAUGCUGACCACCACUUGGGCACUGCCUCCGUCAUCAAAGCCUGGUACAAUGUGAAUUUUGGCCCUGAUGCUAAACCCGCAGCCCACCCUGAAACAGACCUGGCCAAAAUACUACAAGAAAAACGUCUAUUUGUGGCCUCAGAUGAAAUGAUGAUUACCUGGCUAGAGGAGUAUGCCUCAGUCGAGAAUUUUGGCUUCGAUAAAGUGCUUCCUCUCAGUGCGCACCCUGAAGCUUCUCAAACCUCCAUUGUCACUAAGUUUACAUACCGCCAUACUCAGAAUGGCGGGCCACCAUUUGGUCGGGAUGCGCCAGGCAAAACGAUUCUUGAUUUCAAUGAUGAUUCCUCGCCUCUUACCCCCCUUCUCAAGGCUUCCACCGGCCUGACUGACGUUCUUACUACUCAUGUGAAGCAUUGCCGCGGCGCCCUUGCCCUUUCUCUUGUAUUCCCCGAUGGAUUCAAGGUCUCCUACUCUGGCGACUGCAGACCGUCGGAUAAGUUUGCUUCGAUCGGUCGCGAUUCCACCGUUCUCAUUCACGAGGCUACCUUCCAAGAUGACAUGGUGGGCUCUGCUAUAGCGAAACGCCACUCAACUGCCGGCGAGGCAAUCGAGAUUGGCCGCCGCAUGGGAGCUCGCUCCAUUCUUCUCACGCAUUUUAGCCAACGGUACCAGAAGAUCGCCCAUGUGGACCAACAGACUGGCACUUUGGCCCACGACGACAUCUCCUCGACCAAGAAGGCUGCGGCCGCUGCGCAAAAGAAAUUGAAUAACAUUGCCGACAUCCCGUUCGAUGAUCCCGUAGAUGAGCCAGCCACUUUCGAGUCUGGCGCCAAGCUCUUGGACGACAUCAUGUUCCCUUCAAAGGCUCGGCCUCCCCUGCCCCGCAGCGAGACUCAAAUUCCCCGUGAGAACACCCCAGUUGCGGCAGCUAUGGACUACAUGCGCAUCAAGGUUCGGGAUCUUGCUCUUGCGCAGGCUUAUGCCCCGGCUCUGGAAAAGCUCAUUGAGGUCAUGGAGCGCCAAUCUGCUGAAAAAUCUGCGUUUAUGAAGCAGAAGGCACAAGAAUUGGAAGAAGCCCGCAAAGCCAAGGGCAAAAAGAAGGGUCUCAAUAAGAAGGCCGCUGCCGCCGCCGCUGUCGUCUCCGCUGCUGCAGUCACUGAUGAAUCCGAAGAGCAGAAGAAGCCUGCACACUCUGCCUUCAGUGCUAGUGAAAGCGAAAGCGGAUGGGAGACGAGUGAUCUGGAGUGA